CUUUCGCCUUACUGUGUACAAUCCAGCUCUGUACUACCACCAUCUCUCUGCCACCUCCGUGCAAUUUUGCGACGCAGCCUGUAGGCCUGUCGAAACUUCUUGUCGGAUUCUUUGUCUUCUCCUCGACGUUAUUUCUUUCCUUUCUCCAUCACAUUCUUUACCUUCCUUCAACUAUUCUACCCCGACUACUACCUACUACCGAUCCCUCCCCUGUCCACAUUUCGCCAUCACCAUGAGGCUACGACACUCCCGAGGACCCGCGCUCCUCCUCCUCCUUCCUACACUCCAGGUUCUCGCUGCCUCGAUCGCGAAAGACCUCGAUAUCGACGAUAAACAGAUUGCCCGUGGGCGCCCGGCCAUACCAGCAUACCCAGACCUCACAGCCCUGCCUUCCCCAUCCCCGGCCCCCGCUUCGAAAGGAACAAAAGACGCUCCUGUAGAUGGGUUCGAUGGCAAGCCCCACGAAGGACCUUAUGUCGAAGACAAACCCACUACUCCAAAGAACACGCCUGCCGCGAUUGAAGAAUUGCGUCUGGGGGCCACUCGUAUCAACACUCCCACGAAGGAGCUGACAAAAGAAGAGUGGGCUACUCUCGGGGAGGAGGACGAUGGGGUCAUGAACGAUCCAGACAGGAAAUCACCUACGGGAAAUACUGGCACAGAGGGUGGUGUGUCCGCCAAAGAGAAAGAUCGAAAAGAACAGGAAGAUAGGACAGGUUCGAAAGUGGAGAAAAUCCCAGAAUCGCCGAAGGAGGCUCCUGCGUUACCACACAGCGAUCAGCAACAGCAAUUCUUAGACGAACUCAACCUUCCCACGCAGACCCGGGUUCUCGGUGCCCAAGGACUAGAGAAACCUACUGAUCUUCCCGAAUCCCCCCACGAUGACAUUCCCAACCCAUUGCCCCCAUCCGUCCCUAAAGUCGAUGGGCUCGAUACCGAGUCUCCGAAGCACAGUACCGCAUACGAUGAUUCUUCCGAUAAUGAGGAUCCGGAGGGCAUCAUUCGACCGUUCCACUCAUUCGUUCUCUCAUUCACCAUGAUCAUCUUCUCAGAGAUUGGAGACAAGACAUUCUUGGUCGCUGCAUUGAUGGCCAUGCGUCACCCUCGACUGGUUGUUUUCACUGCCGCUUUCGCUGCGCUCAUCGCCAUGACAGUUCUUUCUGCCGUGCUCGGACACGCCCUUCCCGCGCUCAUUCCUGAACGCCUUACACAUUUCGCAGCCGCCGUCCUUUUCCUGGUAUUUGGUGCUAAAUUGAUGCGUGAAGGAUUAGCCAUGAGCCCCGGCGAAGGUGUGGGCGAGGAGAUGAGAGAGGUAGAAAUGGAAUUGGAAGAGAAGGAGCAACUUGCCCGCGCAAAUGGACGACGAAAAUCCUCCAUCUCUCCAUAUGCCCUUGAAUCCGGCCGUGCCCGACGGUCAAGGUCGAAUUCCCGUCUCCCUGCUCCAGCACGUAGCCCCUCAUCUUCACCUGCACGAUCCCCAUCGCCACAUGGCUCAUCGGUCGCAAAGGCUAUGAGUGGUCUCAACAAUCUUUUCUCUCUUCUUCUUAGCCCGGCUUGGGUGCAAACAUUCAUUAUGACUUUCCUUGGAGAGUGGGGAGAUCGCAGCCAAAUUGCUACUAUUGCGAUGGCAGCUGGAUCUGAUUAUUGGUGGGUCACCGGAGGUGCUGUCAUAGGCCAUGGUUGCUGCACUGCUCUUGCUGUUAUCGGCGGGCGUGCCAUUGCUGGCAAAGUUAGCAUGCGUGUUGUCACACUGGGAGGCGCUUUUGCAUUCCUGGCAUUUGGCAUUAUCUACCUUUUCGAAGCCGCAUACCACGAAUAGAUGGUACCUUUAUCGAGAUAUCAGCUCCUCAAGACAUACCUGCCAACACUAUAUUACAUACUCGGUUGCCAUCGAUCUUCCGAAUAUCUAUCCCCGCUACAACCACAUUUUCCUUCGAUGCUGUAAUAUUAAUCCGUCACCUCACAAGCAUAC